AUGUACCAAGCACUUUGUGUCAAACAAGCGGAAGAAAUGUUGUCAAAAUGUCAAAAGUCACCACAAUUUUACCAAAACAGGAACAAAAGUGAUGCCAACGCGUCAUUCUUCCUGUGUCAAAAGCAGGACCCAUUCUUUCGUCAAAAAGUUUUUACACUUGGAAUGGCACGUGCUGCUGGGAGAGGAAAUUUACGAGUAAUGCAGUGGCUUGUACAGCAAUUUCCAGAUUGUUAUGUGACUGUAGCAGUUGAAGAAGCAGCAAAAUGCGGACAUUUGGAUGUGCUACAAUGGCUUCGUAGGAAAAGCACAAAUGACCACAGAUGUGGCAAGACCAGCACUUGUCAAAAAGCACAUUUUCUUCAAGUGUUUUGGGGUGCAAAAGAAUUGUUUUAUGCGGGAAAAAAUGGUCAUUUACACGUCGUUGAGUGGCUCCAAAUGCAUACAAACCCUACACCAACUCACAUGUUUUUUGUGACGUUGGAGGAAGCUGCAAAGAAUGGAGAUUUACACAUGGUCAAAUGGCUUUGCGAUGUCAGAGGAGAGUGGUCACCAUAUGCAGCCGUGUUAGCAGCAAGUGGAGGACAUUUGGACGUGCUGAAGUGGCUAAGAGGGAAUGUGUUUAGCUCCUUGCCGUCUGCGUCAAUGGAUGAUGCCGCUGCAAAUGGGCAUUUGAGUAUAUUGAAAUGGUUGCAAGUGAAUGCCGGAUAUGCGACGUCGACGGCGAUGAACAAGGCGGCAGGGAAUGGACAUUUGGAGAUUGUCAAGUGGCUGCAAAAAAACCGACGAGAAGGAUGCACGACAGCAGCCAUGGACUUGGCUGCUGCUAAUGGCCAUCUAGACAUGGUAAAAUGGCUUCAUGUGCAACGGCCUGAAGGAUGUACAGUGGCGGCGAUGGAUGAGGCGGCAGCAAACGGACAUUUUAACGUUGUAAAGUGGCUACACGCUACUCGAAACGAGGGUUGCUCCAGGCGCGCAAUGGAUGGUGCCGCGAUGAACGGCCAUUUGGCGUUGGUAGAGUGGCUGCACCGAAAUCGCAAUGAGGGCUGUACGACAGCAGCGAUGGACGGUGGGGCACGCGCAAACCAUCUUAACAUUGUUCGGUGGCUCCAUAAAAAUCGCAAAGAGGGCUGCACUAUUGCAGCUAUGAACCUCGCAGCUCGCAACGGGCAUUUGGAGGUUGUUCAGUGGCUUCAUCGGCAUCGCAAGGAGGGAUGUACGAAUGACGCAAUGGAUCAAGCUGCAGCUCAAGGUCAUUUGCAUGUAAUCCAGUGGCUUCAUAGUCAUCGUAAAGAAGGCUGUACACGCAACGCAAUGGAUCGUGCUGCUAGUGCAGGCCACCUCUAUAUUGUGCAAUGGCUUCACAAAAACCGAUCAGAGGGCUGCACAACAGCGGCGAUGGAUAAUGCUGCAGGCAGAGGUCACCUCAAGGUUGUGCAAUGGUUGAGCGAGAAUCGAAAUGAAGGAUGUACAAGCGCAGCGAUGGACCGAGCAGCUUUGAAUGGCCACUUCGAAGUCUUGUUAUUUUUACAAAGUGAGCGAUCGGAAGGUUGCACGUCCAAAGCGUUUGUAAACGCAACGACGGCAGAUGAGCUGGAGAUUUUGCAAUGGCUUUUCAAGAAUUACCGCGAUCAGGUUGGGCAUGAUCGUCUGCAGCUUUUUGCUUUAGGUAAGUUUUACACGCUCGAGUGGCUCAAACAAGAAUUGAUUCAUGAAGAUCUACCUGAAAGCGAGCGCCACUAA